CAUAUAAACUGUCUGUCAGAUUAUAUUUUAGUAAUUUAUGUUUACCAUUUGAGGUGCUCUGUUUUGUUAAGGAAAUUUGGUAGCGUUUUAUACGGAUACCAUGGAGCGUACUUUUCAGCUUCUGUGCUUCCUAUUUGCUGUGUUCCAGCUGGUGCACAGCUCGCCGUAUCGAGCUAUGAUCAAUAUAGCAGGUUAUAAAGGGGAAGUGACGUUUCAUAGAAACGAUGACGACAUGAUGGUAACAGUAUCUCUCAGUGGACCUGCCACAAAUAGAUAUAAUAUUUUUCAAAUCGCCCAAGUUCCAGCCCUAUUCGGCCAACGACUAACUGCAGUUCACUACUGCACUGUUGUUGCACAGCAGUCUAUGGUCGAUGGAUCUUCUAUUCCUUUGCCAGGGGUUGCGAAUGAAAGAACGGUGAAGAUCCAAGGACUAAACGAUGACAUGAUCUUCCAUCGAUCCCUUGUCAUCCGAGGUGGAGGAAACGAUCCUGAUCUUUGUGCUGUGAUCCUCCCCUCCAAUGAAGAAGUGAUAACAUAUGUGGUUCGGUUUAAUGGGGAGGUAUCUGGCAAAGCAGUGCUGAGGGCACGCAGAUCAACUGAGGGACUAUUUAUCGUCACAAACCUUGUAGCGGCUUCUGAAACUGGUGCGCGAAAUUUGAGUAACAUAUUUUUCGGUGUUUCGAAGAAAGGGGCGUUUGAGAAAUACAACUGCAGUACACUCUGUGCUAUUAAGCUUAUUCGCCAUGUGAAAGUCGGACGCUAUGGAUCCAGAGGACUCGUAACGACAUUUUUCCUGCCGGGUCGUCAUGAUCUAACAGCCCAUCCAGUUCUACUGGAAGCAGGCCAAGUUAUAUCAUGCGGAAAAAUUAAAAUGGUUCUUCCAAAAUCUGCGUCGGCUCGUUUAUCGUGGGGCGGUGUGAGAGGGACGAUUAAUUUUCAGCAAAAUUCUGUGUUUGAACCGACUGUCACUACCAUCAGUAUUACUGGACUGCAGGGGUUGCCAGUUCGGUACGAUAUUCGAACAUUCCCAGUACCUCAACGACUAACUGGCGAUGAAGAUAGGUGCAGAAAUGCAACUGUCAGUGCGAGGUACAACCCAUAUAAUGCGGGAGACAAUAUAAGAGAUUUGGUGGGAACGUGUGAUAUGUACCAAAUAGGUGAUUUGGCUGGCAAGUAUGGCGGUAUUGAGACAAGCAGUAUCAGCGAAACGUAUAUGGACUGGAACCUGCCUUUGUACGGACCUAACAGUAUUAUCGGGAGAUCUAUUGCAUUUCACGAUAUAAACGGGAGCAGAUUAUGUACAAAUAUUCACGAGGUCGGAGAAAUGAUCACCGCGAUAGCAGAGUUUAAAUAUCCAGCGUACGGAAAAAUGUACCUGCGUCAAAAUGCAAUGGAUUCUUCAGCAGAUACGAUUUUGUUCGGAGAUUUAGCGAACAUGGUGCGAGACGUGUUUAUUUCGAAACAGGGUGGAUCAAACACAAGAUCGCAUAAUUACCACGUACAUGUGAGCCCGAUUGCAAGUUAUUUUGACUGCGGCAGUGCAGGACCACACUACAACCCAGCCGCGGUACCAGUUACCGGAAACUACGCCUCAGCUUGCGCAAACAACCCGUCCGUAUGUGAGCUAGGAGACCUCUCACGACGCAACCGAGGACUCGAUAUUGACCCUAUGCUUUUAGGAAGGGGGAAAUUUUUCAUAACCGACUCAAACUUGCCACUGCAAGGCCCAGAUUCGGUGGUUGGACGGUCUAUGGUGGUUCAUGUUGCUAACGGUGGAGGUGGUAGAUACGCUUGUGCCAAUAUCACGAAGCUGCAUGUGCAUAAAGUACAGACCUCUAGCGACCCUUGGCGGGGAGGCGAAAUGGAGGAAAUUUUCGGGCAAAUUACGUUCGAACAAAAGUCUCAAUACGACGAUGUGAUGAUGACUGGACAACUGUAUGGUCUUGCUGGUAAAGCUACGAGAUACAAUAUUCACGAAAACCCACUAUUGGGAAUGUCGUGUACUUCUGCUGCUGGGGUAUACAACCCGUUUAAUGUUACUCCACCAUUUCUAAUGCCAACAAUUGGAACAGAGGACCAAUACAAAGUUGGAAAUCUUGCAGGAAAGCACGGGCUAUUAACCAAGCUUCACCACAUAAGGCCUGACUAUAUGGAUGACAAUCUUCCACUGACUACAGAUCUUAGUAUUGCUGGCGGGUCUGUUGUAGUAUAUAAGACCACUGGGCAAAGAUGGCAGUGCUCAGAUCUAUUGGAUCAACCUUCAGACAGUACAGGACAUGUAAUCAAAGCAAGAGUGCAAUUCUCUACGGUGUUUGAUGGCUGGAUAAAUCUGAGACAGGUUGUGUAUGAAGAUGGGUCAUCCUCGGACACUACUAUGGAAAUAGACCUUGUUUACCCUAAUGGAAGCACCACAGUAACACCAGGGCACAACUACCAUAUCCAUGUCGAUCCAGUUGUAGCAGAAGAUUCAUGUGGAGUGGCAAUGUCACACUUUAAUCCAUACAUGGCACCCCUUGGAAGUCCUGCCUAUGCAACAUACUGUAGUAGAACCAACCCACUUGCUUGUGAAGUAGGUGACAUAAGCAAGAAACAUAUGCAAUAUGAUAUUGGUAGUGGAAGAAAAAGGGUUGUGGAUACAGAUCUACCUUUACAUACUGACCAAACAGUGCUUGGUAGGUCCAUUGUAUUUCACUACCAACGUGGUGGAGCACCAAGGAAAGGUUGUGCAAAUAUUAUACCAACAACAAAUAUCUUUACAAUAUCUUAUCCAGCAACAGUAGAAUAUGAUUAUUACCGUUUCACUUCUGCUGUAUCAAAACUGCUCGGCAUUGCACGGAUGAGAGUGGUUGUAAUACACGCUCCUCAGGUUCCACUUGUGAGAAAUGGGUGUGCUCAAGUUAUGGUACAUCUUGCAGGCAAAAUACCGCAAGAAAAGAUUGAACAACUGAUCAAUGGACCAGGUAGAGAAAUGUCACCAUUUAGUCAAACCUGCCAAUGCGAGAAUCGGUUCGGGGGAGUUAUUGGUGGAGAAGAUGUAAUUAACAUGAUGGAAAUGUAAAUAUGUUUUAACGAAGCUUAAAACUGGGUGUUUUUUCCUUUUUUUUAUUGGUGCUCGAAAUAAAAUCGUACUGCUGCUAAAACUGACUGCAUGUUUGGUUUUUUUACUAUACAGAAUUAAAAACUUUAGAAAUUUAUUAUGGAAGCAACAAUGCUUGCAGAGUUAAAAUUAGUUAAAGUUUCUGUAACUUGUAGUAAAAUCAAGAUAGUAAUCAUACAAACCUGUUAGAGCAUUUUCGAAAAAUUUAAACAAAGACAUACACGAUCAAUUCCUACUUGCAUAAUUAACUACAUUGUUAACACCUAAUUUUCCUA